AUGCAACGCAUAGAAAUGACAGCACGCCAGUAUUACAUGUUAGGCUCUCCACGCACUGAUCUUCUACUCCACCUGAUCCAGUACAAUUUCACCAGAGCACUCAUGGAAAACACUACGGUCUUAGGCUUCACAUCAGACCAGCUGCAUGAUGAUGCUAUCUCGCCAUUUAGUAUUGCUGGUCCAUGGCAAUAUGACGUUGAGAGUUCGCUUCCACCCAGUCUCCAGCCCACCAUGAUCCAGCGCUCUAUCCCACACCACCCGUGGCUAGAUCUGCUUCCAGUUCCGCGCAUGAGGGAUAAUCUGAUCCGAGCUGGAGACUUCGAGGAGGAAACACAGCUAUGCCUUGACAUGAAGGGGAGUGGAAAUGCACUCUCGGAGAGGACUGGUAUCAUUGUUUGGAGUGAUCCUUGGGAUCCGGCGGGCUGGGAGGUUACGGAAUCUUUUGCUCGUUCUUGGGGGUGGGUUAUUAAGGACUGUCUUGACUUGGCGCAUUCCACCAAUCGGUGGCGAGCAGUGCGGAAUGAAAGGCCCCUAUUUUAUAUGAAUUGA